AUGGCAACCUUUUCGCAACCCACCAUUGAAAGUGGAUCUGACAUGGUCCAAGACUUCUUGUGUUCGACCUGCGAAGAAAAGAAACUAGAGGAAUCAGCUGAUUAUUAUUGCGAAUCCUGCGUGAAGUUUUUCUGCAGCAAAUGUAUUGACUUGCACAGCCAGUUGUUUACGCAACAUUCCCCUCAUGGAAGAGGAGAUAUGAAGAAAUGGCCAGUUGCCAAGAAGGUGGAAGAUUUUCUUCUUAAAUGUGAUGUUCAUAAAGAAGAAAACAAUGACAUGUUUUGCAAAGACCAUAGCCAGCUGUGCUGCAAUAAAUGUGCUAUUCUGUCUCACAGGACAUGCAAAACGGUGAUUCUUUUAUCAGACUUGGUAAAAAAUACCCCCACAGACCUCAAACAAGUAUCAGUUACCAUCCAAACUACUUUGGCACAACUGAAGGAGCUUCAAGAAAACCAGGAGGAUAGCAUUCAGUCUCUGCUAAGUUCAUAUUUUGAGCAGUUACACAAAAUACAGGAAUAUCGUAAAAAAAUAAUUGCAGACUUAAACAAGCUUGAACAAAAGACAAUGCAGGAAUUGAAAGAUACACUGACCAAACUGCAAGCCCCUCUUGAACGGGAUAUCGACAAAUGUUCCACUCUUCAAGAUGAAUUAAAACAACUUGGAGAAGCUAUUCACGACAUUGGGGAUAAAAACAAGCAGGAACUAUCUCUUAUAGCCAGCAUUAAAUGCAAGGAUAAAAUUCAGCAGUUUGAAAAAUAUCAGAAGGAGAACUUUGUUGAAGUAAAAUCUUCAAUAUCUUUUCAGCCUAAUAAUGAAAUUGUGGAGUACCUUUCCAAGUUGUCAGGCCUUGGGACAUUGACAGUGAUGCAAAAUCCAGACAAAGUAAUGAGGAUGGACGGGAAGUCUGAGAAUGAUGUAUGCACAGAAGGUGACUACACAUGCAAUAUCAGAGACAUAUGUGUUCUUUCUAGUGGUCAGGUCCUAGUUGCAGACAAUAAUAAUAAUAAGGUCAAGCUGUUGAGCCAAACGUACCAGGUGGUGAGUCACUGUAGUGUAUCUGAUGAGCUCAAUUGGCUAGAGGGCAUUUGUCAGAUCACUCCCAGUGAGUUUGGUAUUGCUGGAGACCUUUUUGUAACCUCUGGCACUGCUCUGUUCAAGUACAAACUGAGUGAUACAUGUACACUUGUCAGCAAACUGCACGAAGAUAAAUCAGAUAAAUGGACAGUAUCACGUUGUGCAGUGAGCCCUACGGGUGACAAGUUGUAUAUCACUAGCCCCGACCGGCACAAGCUGCUCACUCUGGCCAAGGAUGGAUCAAUCCUUGCCACCUUCAUGGACCCUGCAGUAAAAUUUCUGACUGGUUUACACGUGACACCUGCAGGCCAGGUGCUAGUGUGUGGACUUGAUUCAAAAAAUAUCAUACAGGUGGAUAGUAAGGGUUGUAUGAAGCUGGCCACUCUUGCUACUCGGAGUGAUGGAGUUGAGGGUCCAUUUUCAGUCUGCUACAACAGAAUUACUGACUCAAUUAUUGUGGGACAGUGGGAGCACAAAAAGAUCCUGGUGUACAAAGUGAAAUAG